AUGGAAGGGCCGGAGGGUUCGAGCCAGCCGCUGGCGGGCCCAUCCGCUGUGCUCAGAGCGCGCAAUACAAAGCCAACGGAGCCCGGUGCGCAACCGAAGGCCGUGUCGCCGGUCAAGGCAUGGGACUCCGAUGGUUCUUCCGGUUCGUCGGAGAACGAUCCGGGCGCCGCGACGGUCGUCCCUUUCGACCCGGUCCCGCCCCCUCGCCUGCUGAGUGUGAGGUCUCGCGCUCCAGCGACGGACGGAUACAAUUACGAUGACACGGCGAGCACCAGCGGCAGGAAACCUGCACAGAAGGAGCUACGUGUCUGCGCGGUCACCUGGAACAUGUGCGGAAGGAAGUUCCCGAGCAACCUGGAGCCCAUGCUGGCGCCUCUGUUUGGCCGUGGCGACGACGGCGACGUCGUCCGUGGAUGGUCGGCAGCGGACGAUGACGAAGACGGAAUAGAUACUCCGUGCGAUAUACUGGUAAUCGGUGUUCAGGAAGCCGCUGCGAUGGACGGCUUCGUAGAAGGUAUACUCUCAGCGCUCGGUGGAGACGAUGAGUUUGUGCAUCUUGCGGGGGUGUCGCUGGAGCCUGGUGGAUGGAUACAGAUGGAGGUAUUCCUCAGACGAGAGCUGUUGCCCCUGGUAAGCGACGUGAGAAGAGACGCCGUAAGCUGUGGAAUAGGGAACGUGUUCGGGAACAAGGGGAGUGUCGGAGUUGCGUUCAUGUGCGCAGGGGCGGAACUAUGCUUCCUCAACGCGCAUCUUGCGGCACACACUGAGAAAGUGAAGCAGCGCAACGCUGACUACCAUCGCAUUGUGAGGACGAUGUUUGCGCCCAGAGUUGGCAGUCAGAAUGGGAGCAUAUCAUCAUCGAAGGCAGUGCGAAAACCUAAGGCGAAGGCCAACGCAGUGGCCCCCGCAGAUGCUCCCGAUGAAACUGGUGCGUUGAAACCACAUACUCCAAUCGACCCGCAUCGGCCGACUCCAGAGACUCCCUCGCGUUUUGGGGGUUUGCUCAAGCGCCGUGCGUGGACCGCCGCGGAAAGAUUUGAUAUGUGUGUGUUCAUGGGCGAUCUCAACUACCGAGUCGAGGGGAACAGACGGGCGGUGGACGUGCUCCUGGAGAAUGACAUGAUGGACGUGAUGCUGUCCAAUGACCAGCUCGGGAUCGAAAAAGCCGCCGGGCGUGCCUUUUCUGGCUGGUCCGAGGCUGAACUGAAAUUUCCGCCGACAUACAAGCUGAAUCGUGGUACUGCAGAUGUCUACGACACCUCAGCUAAGCAGCGAGUUCCUUCGUGGACCGAUCGCGUCCUCUGGAGGACCAAGACAGGCGGCAAGGUGCGGUGCAACAACGGAGCUGACGUUUACACCUCAGCCAAGGGAAUCAGGACGUCCGACCACCUUCCGGUAGUCGCGCGGAUCAAAACCACAAUUUUUGAUGCAAAUCUUGCCGCGAUUCGAGGAGGUGGGCAUCCGAGCACGGGCUCAAGGUCGCGGUUGUGCUCUGUCAUGUGA